AUGAAUGCCUGGCUCGCCGACGCCUCGACCCUCCCUGGCCAGGAUAAUGGGGCUUUCAAUCCUUCCACUAUAGACCCCUCUGCCUUCCUCCACACCUCUCCUACUCCCCAAGACCCCACUCAGUUCCAGCGCAUGUUCAACAAUGGCGUGUCACGGAAUGCCUCCCCGGGCUUCCACAACCCUAACCAAGUGAUUCCGUCCAAGCGAGCCCGACCCGAAGAUGGUAUGCCUAUGUCGCCACGGCCAGGCCCCGGCGGCAUGCCUGGGUCGCGAUCGCAGACUCCCCAGGUACCAUAUCCUGGAUAUCAAGGCCCCACAAAUGGACAAGCUCAAUUCCCUCAACAUCCUACGCCCUACCAACACCUUCAGCAAGGAGCGUCGCCCAAUGUGACACAGUCGCCAAUUAUGCAGGACUUUGACCAGCAGAGUGCUCGUAUGGGCACUGCCUCCCCAAGUCCUUUCUCCCCGGCUGGCCCGCAUGUCGGUGGUCAUAUGUCCCCGUCCCAAUCAGAUCAUGGGAGCCGGGUGAACACCCCACAGAAUACCAAUUUCAUGCAGGGACAAGCUUUUCCGCAAGGCAUGGGUGGGCAGUUCCAGCAAGGACAUGGGAUGAGCCAAGCGGCGCAACAGCCAUCUAUGCAGGCCCAAUUUGGCGGGAUGCAACAGGGUGGAAUGCAACAAGUGCCUCAAGGGUAUCAUCAGGCAAUCGCGGCUCAGCAGGCACGACUUCAGAUGCAGAUGCAGCAACAGAAUCAAAAUCGGCCAAUGAAUGCCAAUCAACAGAUGGCACCGCGCCCAGUUGGGUCUGGUGGAAUGAAUCCUCAGGGCAAUCCCCAGCAAAUGCAGGCUAUUCGGCAGAUGCAACAGAAUAUCGCAAAGCCUAAUAACCCGGAAGUUUUUGUGCGCGGGUUGCAAAAGUUCAUGAUGGCCCGGAACCUUCCUCUGGACAUGAACCCUGUGAUUUGUGGUCGUCAGCUGAACCUUCUCCAGCUUUAUGGAACGGUGAUGAGAAUGGGCGGAUCAAAGAAGGUUACUCAAAUGAACAUGUGGCCACAUGUUGCACAACAAUUCCAAUUUGCGCAGAUGCAGUUCCCCACGGCUGCGCAAGAGAUCCGGGAUUACCACUCAAGGAAUUUGGCUCCUUACGAGCAGGCCUUCCUUAGUUCGCAACAAAAACAAGUUGCCGACCAAAUGCAGCAAGGUGGAAUCCAGCGGCAGCCGAACGACCCCUCAGCCAUGCAGCAAUUCCAGUCACCCUCGGUCAAACCCGGCCAAGGAUUUGAACAACCUCAGCAACUCGCCAACUCCCCUCAGAAUAACACUCCCAUCUCGACCAAUUCUCAGGCGACCCCAGUCAAUGGGUUCGCAACACCAACGCAAGCACCAAGUCAAAAGAAACCUCCCCAGUCUGGUCAUCGACUCAGCGUCUCGCGCCAAUCACAGUCUUCAGUUCCCCCGACUGAUGCAGCGAGUCAGUUUGCUGCACCCUCGCCGUCACAACAAGGGAAAGGUACGGCAACAACACCAGUUCAAGCUGAACAAAAACCCGAGAAAUUCGUCAAGAAGCCUAUCGAGGAUCCCUAUGAACCCAUGGCUUUGGACGAUCCUCGUCUCCACGGACCCAUCAAUGUGGAGGAGAUGUAUCGGCUUGGAGAUGAUAUCUUGAAAUUACGGCCAGGCAUACCAGGGUUCGCAGAAUUGGGCGUGAUCGAUUUCCAUGCUCUGAACAUGAGUCUUAAGUCCGGCAUCCUGGGCGAAAUUCGAGUUGCUUUGGAAACUCUCACAACUGUCUCAUGCGACCCUCAAGUGCAUAUUUCACUCCAUAACUGUGAAGAUCUGGUGGAGAGUCUGGUUGAUUGCGCCCAAGAUCAGGUUGACUAUCUGGUUAAGCACAUCCCACAGACAUCAGCUGUCAUGCAACUACAAUCAUAUGAAGAUGUCACUCGAGCCUGCUACUCCGAGUUCACAUCCCUCGCUGAUGUGCCUGAGUUUGGCAGUGUUGAGUACGAAUGUGACCGGGCGGUUGACCGAAUCAUUGCCAUCACCACGAUUUUCCGGAACUUCUCGUUCCCCGCUGAUUCGACUUUGGCUGCAUUCGCUGUUCCAUCGCUCACCCAGUUCUUUGCCGAUGUUUGCCGUUACCUUGGAACUCGGAAAAUGUUCUUGCGGUCCAACCAGAACACUCUGGAAUUCAUGAAGGAUGCGGUGAUCUUCAUGAGCAACACAGCCCAUGUCAUGCCAAUGCCGGGACAAGAGGAAGCGUUGAAUCUGUUGACUUUCCUGCUUUCAUUCUCACCGUUGCCUGAGCCAUCGAUGAAGUCCGACCGAGUGAUGUUCACCGCAUUUAACCCCUCCGUCCACCGAUACACCCCGGCAGCUGUGGACGCCCUUGCCAAGUUCCUGGCAAAGGACGAUACGAAUCGGACUCAUUUCUCAGCCAUCUUCUCAGGAGAUGGCUCUGCGCCUAGGCCAGAGCUUCUCACUCGUGCGUUCGGCCUUGCCAUCAGCCCGAUUCCUCACAAGAGUGUUCUGGCGGCUGCCGAUGCGCGCCAAAUUUUCCUUAUGCAUGGUCUCCUGGCCGCUGAUGUCCUGACGACUUUCGUGGACCCAGUCAUGGCGAAGUGCUGGCUCGGAUCUACUGAUGGAUUUGCCGUUCACCUCUUGCGACUCUCGUGUAUGCUCUGUAAUGAACGCUUCCCACAAAUCAGCAUGCGGCCAAGACCCCAAGCCGAGAGUGAAGCCAUCGCGUUUGGCUCGAUCAUUCAUCGCGGACUGGCUAUCUUACGCCGGCUCGCAGAAAAAUCGAAACAAGUGGAUGACUCCUCUCCCCUCCGCUUCCCAUCCGGAAUUGUCCCUCGUAAAGAGCAACUUCUCGGGGCCUUGCUGCUCCCCAACAUUGACCCUACCAUCAUCCGCCAACUCAUCACGUAUUCUCGGCUCGCAGAGUAA